UGAGAUGAGGUGAGUGAGGAUGAUGAUUUUAGACAAGGUGAUCCGAAGUUUUAUUUUUUAAGCUACCCAUGCAGUGGAGGCGUCUGUACUCGCUCACACGUCAACACAUUCCAGGGCACGCCUUGUGAUAUGCAAAUCAAACUGAAAGUUUUCCUACUUCCUUGUCACCUAUUUACGUGGCUUGUUCCUCGUUUAGCGUCUCAGACGCAGCCAGCGAUUGCCUGAGAAACUAACAGAGACUGCCUGAGCUACAGAGACUGCCUGAGCUACAUCCAGAGACUGCCUGAGCUACAGCCAGCGACUGCCUGAGCUACAUUCAGUGGCUGCCUGAGCUACAUCCAGCGCCCGUCUCUGAGUGGAGCCACGGGGUCAUGGCGAGAACAGCUCCCCGUGGUCACGAGGCUCCAGAGGAGUUGACCUGCACCAUCUGCCUGGACACCUUCUGCUGCCCCUGCACGCUCAGCUGCGGCCACUCGUUCUGCUUCAAGUGCGUGGAGGGCGCCUGGGAUAUGGCCAAGUCCUUCUCCUGCCCACAGUGCCGAGUGACUUUCCCUCAUAGGCCUCAGCUGAACAAGAACUUCACGCUCGCCAGCCUGGUGGAGCAGCGCAGUGCCACAGAGAAAAUGGUCACCGUGGUCUUGUGUGAUUUCUGCAACAAUGGCACGACAGCUGCCUCGAAGACCUGCCUCAGGUGUGAUAUGUCAUACUGUGUGACUCAUGUAAAGCCUCAUCAGGAGAACCCGAAGUUCAAGGACCACAUUCUCGUGGCUCCAACCACGAAUUCUGAGGACCGCAAAUGCAAGAAACACAGAGAGGAGAUUAAGUUUUACUGCCGACAGGACAAAGGCUUGGUCUGCACAACCUGCAUCAUCGCAGGAGAACACAAGGGUCACGAUGUGGCUACGCUGGAGGAUGAGCACAAGACACGGGAGAAACAAGUGGGAGAGGAGACGCGGGCGGUGGAGGAGAAAAGGAGGGAGGCGGAGGAGUCUGUGAGGCGGAUGGAGGCAGCUAGCAGGGAUGUGCAGGGAUCCAUGACAGAUGAAAAGGCCUCAAUCUCGGUCAGAUUCGCCUGCGCGAGAGCAGCGUUGGAUGCAGAGGAGAAGGCGGCUUUAGAGCAAGCGGAGCAGAAAGGGCGCGAGCUGCUGUCCCAGAUCGAGAAGAAAAUCGCUCACGACCAGCGCGAGAUCACCGAGCUCCAGGCAGCAGUCACUCGCCUGCAGGCCCUAGCGCAGGAGAGGGACUCGCUCGCGUUCCUGCAGGGGCACCUGGAGGAGACGUGCAGGACAGGGAGUGUUACAGCAGCUCCACCCUCAACUCCCAGCCAAGAGGACAUUGCCUCGCUUAAAGGCACUGAGGGAACUGUGGCCAAACGCCUGUGUGAGUUGUUCAUUGUGAAACAUGGGUGAUGGGGCCAUCUUCACAAUAAAUUAUCCCCGUGUGUGUGCACGAGGACGAUACAGCCUCAAAUAAUUACCUGGUGUUGUGAGUAAACAUCACCACUAGGCAGACAAAGGUGGCCAGGCGUAAUGCUGGCAACCCAACCCCUCAUGUGCCGUGCCAGCUUUU